GGGUCCCCUCGGGGGUGGCGGCGGCUUCUCCGGGGGUCCCUCUGCCCGCACGGAGCUGCGGGAGGGGCGGGGAGGCUCGGUCCGGCCUGGCCACAUGCGCGGCGGUGGCUGAGGGGGCUGCGGCGUGCCCGGAACAGCAUUUUAGAAUGCCAAAAAUGAUCGUGGAAAAAAAAGAAAAGAAGGCAGAAAAAAGAAAAAAGCUGAAGGAAGAUGUGGCCCAAAAGGAUGAGCUGGAAUUGGAAACCAAACCAAAGAAGAAGAAGAAGCAAAAGCUGCAGGCUACAAAAGAAGAGGAAGAGCUUAUUGCAGAGGAAGAGGAAGAACUUACUCCAGAGGAGAAGAGGAAACUGGAAAGAAAACUAAAAAAAGAGCGCAAGAAGAAAGAGAAACAGCUGAUGAGGGAAGCUGGAAUCCCCAUAAAAAAGGUGGAGCCCAAAAAGCCAUCGGGAUGUGAGCGAGCUCUGGCCUAUUUAACCAGCUGGUCUAAAAACCCAGAAGAAUGGAAGUUUCAGAAGACAAGACAGACAUGGCUUCUCCUGCACAUGUAUGAUAAAGAGAAGGUUCCAGACAAGUAUUUCACCAUUUUACUGGAUUAUCUGCAAGGGCUUCAGGGCAAUGCACGAGACAAAACUGUGCAGAAAGCUGAAGCUUUUAUGAAGGAAUUUGAUGGUUCUGAUGGAGAAGACCCAAACCUGCUGGGGAAGUGUGAGCGCAUCAGACAAGUUCUACAACUGCUGUCCUGAGAGUAUUUCUGUGUGAUAAUUGUUUGGUGGAGGGAAGGACAGCAUGUCACAUACAGAGGCUGUAGAGGAUUUGUAAAGAUAAUGCUAAAUUUUAUACUCGUAAUUUUUUCCAAUUGAAAAUAUUUAUCAUGUUUUAAGGUGAUGAAAUAAAAAUAACAUAUAUAGCCCAUAGUAUUGCUAUUAAUCUUAUUUCACCUCUUUAGAAGAAUAAACCUCUCUCCCUCUCAUUAGUUUUUCUACAUCUCCCCCUCUAAUUACUGUUAAAUAUGAGGAACAUUGCAGCUCUUAAUAUGAAGAGCAAAGGAACCAACAUAAAGCCUGGAGGGUCUUUUACAAUGGCAGCUUUUAAAAUGAGUGUACAGUAGAGUGCAUGCUCAGCCAGCUGUAAUCUCUCACUUUCAGCUUCAGAAGGAUGUCACUUGAAUUUGGGAAAGAUCAUUUUCAGUCUGUUGAACACAGGUUGUAUAACACAGUUGCUUAUUAGUACUUCACACGGUGAUCUGGAGAUGCCAUCAGCUCUGUUGGUUUUCUUUUUAUAUUUUAAAGUUUUCAAAUGCAUUAGGACAAUUGUUUAGCUACUCAGAUAAUGCACAGAUGGGAACAGAUCAAAUCCUUGACUAUAUGUGGUGAAAUCAUCACAUUGUAGCUAAAAUUAGCUUACAAUCAGAAGUGCUGUGCUGUAUCCAGCCUGCCAAUAUUGCAUUUUCCUCUUCCUCUUGCAACUGGCAUCCAAAAGAGUUAAUUCAUGUUCAUUCCUUUUGGCAGGGGACAUUUGUCUCAUGAAUGUGCUGAAAGUGAGGCUUUCAAGUAAAAACCAAGGACAUUAAUUACUCAAAGUUGGAUGAUUGGCUUAUUUAAUAACACUGGUAUUCAGACAGGGUUCUUGACCUGAUUCUUUAAUGUUUCUGCAAACAUUGUUCAUACUUUAUUAAUAACAA